CGCGAUGUGAGUUCAUCCUUCUCGAGCGAUGCGGGUUGGGGUUCGCCAGCAGUAGAUACAGAUUGAAAAGCUGCCCUACAAAAAGAAAUUGACUGUGUCAGUUUUUUGUCUGCAUGAAAUAGUUGUUAUGAAGUUGUAGAUUGUGUAUUGGCGUUGAUUGUGCUGUGUGAGGGGGACUCAUGCGAAAUAUUGAAAAAGCAUCUUUCAAUUACAUCUUAACUUUGAAAUAUGAAAAAAUUGGCAGGGGAGGAUUCGACGGUCAUGUUCGAAGCAAUGGUCACUUUGAAGUAGUAUCUACUUUCAACGGCUUACACUCUGAUGAUAGCUUCCACAAGAUACACUGGAAAUCAUCCUGUGCAAUAUGCUAGCGUGGUUGUCUAGAAGAGGCAUUUUGUGGAGAACGUAGAAUGUGCUAGCGGUGCAAGGAAUAUGUGCAUAUAUUCAGAAGCUGCUGAUUGGAUUCUUAAUACCACCCUUAUUCUUUUCCAGAUUUUUGAAAGCAGUACCAAUUGUGCAACGUGACGUGUCAAGCACAUCUGUGUAUGGUUUGUCGAGGUUCAGUGGUAAAUCUUGACACAUCCCUGGUUACGCAAGCAGUUUAGGAUCAAGUUAGCAGCGGAGCAAGUUUUUGAUGCUGUGGCGGUGAGGGGAGGGGGGUUGUAUUCGCCUUGAUUCCGUCUAUUCCCACUUUUUAACGCCGUCCUUUUUAUCUAAUCUCUCCCCCUCCCCUUUAUGAUCAAGGGAGCAGCGGAGCAAGUUUUUGAUGCUCUGGCGGCGAGGGGAGGGGGUUAAUAUUCGCUUUGAUUCCGUCUUUUCCCACUUUUUAACGCCCCCCUUUUGAAGUAUCUCUCACCCCCCCCACAAAUACUUGAAAUACAGACCACCACCAUUUUACGGUAUUGACAUGAGAUUUUUAGUGACUAGGUUUGCAAAAGAGUUUGUUCGGUCUUACGUUAUCUUGGUAGUUCAAUUUUGUUCUUUUACGACAUUGAGGAGGCCAAACUAACUGUAUAAUGUAAUUUUGGACAGUCCACAACAGCAAGGGUUUGAUCUCAACGAAUGAGGUGGUGGUGUGUGAGUAAUCAUGUGCUUUAGGAAACUACCCUCGGUGCCUUCUCGUGUGAUCUUCCAAUUUAUAACUGAAGGUUGCGCAAAGCAGGCGUGUACUGAAGCGACGAAAGUUUGUUAGUCGGGUAAUAGAACACUGAGGUUGCGUCUAUCUCAGUGUUAUUCAAGCUCAUAUCACUUUCCUUGAUUAUUUUGCUGGGAUGGCCGCAUCGCAGCGGCUUGGGGUCAGAUCUUGGUGGUCACAAUUCUCUUCCUCAGCGACGCGCAUUAAAAGCGCGCCCCCUCUGUUUGGGAAUGGCACUACUCAUUCCAAGCGAUUAGGAGGAAUCUCCUCUGAUGGAGGCCUUAGUCGCAAAUUGGGGUUAGCGGAUCUCAUUCUUCUUGGAAUCGGAGCAUCUAUUGGGGCGGGGAUUUUCGUUGUAACGGGCACCGUAGCACACGAUGCAGGCCCAGCUGUCGUGGUAAGUUUUGCACUGGCAGCAACUGCGUGCGUCCCUAACGCCCUCAGCUAUGCGGAACUUUCCAGUCGGUUUCCAGCCCUCGUAGGGGGUGCUUAUAUGUAUUCCUAUUCCACAUUUAAUGAGCUUACGGCGUUUUUAGUUUUCUGUCAUCUUAUGUUGGACUAUCACAUUGGGGCGGCAAGCAUCACCCGUAGCCUUGCAAGUUAUCUGGUAACCUCACUUCAGAUUUUUCCGAUUGUGAAAGCUCUGCCACCAUGGGUAGGACCAGGAGGUCUCGAGCUGUUUGGUGGUGCGCUGUCCAUAAACGUAAUAGCGCCUUUGUUACUGGUUGGGCUGACUAUCAUUCUAUGUCAAGGUGUCAAAGAAUCAAGUGUGGUGAACGAUGUCAUGACUAUAGCGAAGGUUUCUAUAGUGCUGAUGGUUAUUGCGGUGGGAAGUUUCGAAGUUGAUACAUCAAAUUGGACACCUUUUACACCGAAUGGGUUGACGCCUGUAAUCACUGGGGCGACGGUAGUCUUUUUUGCCUAUGUGGGGUUUGAUGCCGUUGCGAAUUCUGCGGAGGAGUGUAAAAACCCACAGCGGGAUUUGCCUAUAGGCAUACUCGUGAGCUUAUUCGUAUGUGCAGGUUUGUAUGUGGCAGUCUGCUUUGUGGUCACUGGUAUGGUGCCCUAUAUCAACCUUGGGGGUGAUGCCCCGCUUGCUAAUGCUUUUAUGGACAAGGGAUUAAACUUUGUCAGCAUCCUCAUCAGUGUGGGUGCUGUUUGUGGCUUGACCACUACGGUUCUUGUCGGCCUAUAUGUGCAGUCCCGAUUGUACUUGGGUCUGGGACGAGAUGGUUUGCUGCCUGCCUUUUUUGCGAAGAUUGAUGCUCAUCAUCAGACGCCUGUGACAGCUCAAGUAUGGGUUGGUAGCGUGGCAGCUAUUUUGGCAGGGUUUUUUAAUGUCAGCCAUCUCUCGCAUAUUCUAUCGGUUGGUUGCCUGGCCUCUUACUCCAUUGUAUGUGCGUGCGUGGUCAUGCUACGCAUAAACACUGAGAAUCAAUGGCAGGAUGGGGAGGACCAGCUGCCACAGAAGGGCCUUACCCGGUGGAACGAAGCUGUACUCUGUAUGUUGGGUAUAAGUUUGUGUGGGUUUUUGGUGGGGUUGUGUUAUAGGACGGGCGGCCCAGUAACCUAUGAGAUAGUUUUGUUGGUGAUAAUGGGAUUACUAUUAAUACCACUGCUCACUCGCCAGGAGUACAGGCGGCCAUCUGGGUUUGCAUGCCCUUGGGUUCCUCUUCUACCUGUGCUGAGCAUCGGGUUUAAUAUGUUUCUUUUUGCUCAGCUGCACUGGGAAGCUUGGGUAAGGUUUGGCGUUGUCACAGCAAUAGCAGUACUGGUGUAUGCAUUCUAUGGCCAGUAUAAUGCUACCACCAACGCAUCAAGUGGCGAGCACUCGCCUUUGUAUCACCAAGCUUCUGUUGAGGACUUGGAUACUUAAUUCGAGGAUCUAGCGUAAUAUUGAAGUACUUCAGUCUCUCAAAAAUUGUUUUACAGUUUAGGCAUAAUAUUUGGUUAGGUUAUUGUUUUGUAAGGACACAAUCUUUGUUUCAAGUGACUUAGUGAUGAAAAAUACUUCACGCAUAUUUAAAUUAUUUCAAUAAAAUAUUAGCAAAAAGAUUUGACAAUGUA